AUGGCCACUUUUGAGAAAAGAUUACUUUCAAAGACCGUGGACCAUGCUGCUGAGCAUGAGCCCGAACGGCUGUUUGCCGUUGUCCCUCGGGGCUCUGAGCUGUCUGAUGGGUUCUUCAACAUGACCAUGAAGGAUUUGGCUCGGAGCGUGAACUUCAUGUGUUGGUGGAUCGAGGAUACGCUUGGCCCAAAGUCUGGCCCGGAAACACUGGCAUAUAUGGGCAGCAACGACGUUCGCUAUCUUAUAUUUACUUUGGCAAGCCAGAAGACCGGCUAUAGGGCAUUUCUACCGUCCACAAGGAACUCCGACGAAGCACAACUUCACCUGCUGAAAGAAACCGAGUGUUCCAAAUUCUUUUUCAGCGAGGAGCGGAGUGCCCGAGUUUUGGAGAUCCAAGGGUGGUCGCCGGGUCUCGAGAUCUUCCAAGUGCCCUCUUUGAAGACGAUACUUAGUGACGAGUCUGGACUACGACCUUAUACAUUCAACGUGCCCUAUGAAGAUAUGGAAGAUGAAGUAACCUGCAUCAUUCAUAGCUCUGGGACAACCGGAAUGCCAAAGAAAGUGCCCCUCACAAAUGGUUUCUUCAUGACUAUGGAUGCAAUGUCACGUUUGGGAUGGCCUGAAGGCCGUCGUCCAUCCGCAUUCCUCGAUAUGAAACAGCAAGACCGCAUCCUAGCUACAACACCCUUCUUCCACCUGAUGGGAUUCGUUUCCUUUGCAUUUGCUAUCUUCCAUAAGGUGCCCGCCAUCUUAGGUCCCGACAAACCCUUAUCGGUGGGACAUCUGGUAGAGCUCAUGAAGAUGACCCGCCCAACGGGUGGCUUGUACCCUCCAUCACUCUUGGAGGACAUGAGCCACUCCGAAGAAGCCCUGGAAUGCCUAAAAGACCUUGAAUUUGUCGCAUUCGGUGGUGCUCCAUUGGCCGCUGAGACAGGCGAUCGACUCCGCCAAUACACCAAGCUGAUAUCAGUGAUUGGAACUAGCGAGAUUGGAUGGAUUCCAACAUUGAUGCUGGAAGACGAUGCGAACUGGAGCUACUUCGAAUGGCUUCCCGCAUUUGGAAUCACUAUGCAGGAUACGGGUGACGAUCUCUACGAAAUGGUCAUCCCUCGUCGUCCCGAUUCUCGAGACUACCAGGGCAUCUUCCACACAUUCCCCGACCGCGACAUCUACCGGACAAAUGAUCUCUACACUCGGCACCCAACGAACCCCAAUCUCUGGAAAUAUUACGGCCGACAGGAUGAUGUGAUCGUUUUGAGUAAUGGCGAAAAGUUCAACCCGGUGACAAUGGAACUGAUCAUUGAGAGUCACCCGUUGGUGUCAAGAGCAGUCGUUUUCGGACAGUCUAGAUUCCAGGCUGGUCUUCUGGUAGAACCCCGUCCCGACACUCCGGAUAUGGACUUGGAUGUGUUUGUUGAGGAGAUUUGGCCAACAGUGCAGGCCGCAAACCAGACCAUUGCUGCUCACGGCCGAGUCAUGAAGAGCAAGAUCGGAUUUGCUUCAAAGGCCAAACCAUUCAAGACAACGCCCAAAGGCACCACACAGCGACGUGCGGUGGUUCGGGAUUAUGAGCAUGAAAUCAACGACAUCUACGAGAAGGACCUCGAAGAUGAUUUGCAGGAGUGUCUGCCCGAGACGCUCGAUCAAAACAGCGUCACGGAAUAUACCCGGCGGGCCAUCGCUAGAGUGUUGGAGAGAACUGAUAUUCCGGUCAACCAGGACCUCUACAGCGCCGGACUUGACUCCCUGAUGACCAUGCAAGUUGCAAAGGUGUUGCAGCGAGGCAUCCAGAAUCGCCAACCACAGGUCAAGCCAGGAGCCAUCACUCCCCAGACAAUCUAUGCCAACCCAACUGUGGAGCAGCUGGCUGGUGUUAUUUAUGGCAUUGUGGAAGGAAAGACUCAAGCGAGCAUUCCUCGAGAAGAAAAGAUCCGGCGCUUGGUGGAAAAGUACACUGCAGAUCUUCCAGAGGUCCGGGAUAAUCUACCUCAAACCCUGCCAAGCUCCCCUUCGACUGUCAUCUUGACCGGUUCCACCGGAUCACUUGGUACUUAUCUCCUCCACGACCUGCUCAACAAGCCUUCGAUUUCAAAGGUUUACUGUCUGAACCGUUCGGAUGCCGAAAGCCGACAGAAGAAGAGCAUGGAAGACAAGGGGCUGCACGUAGAGGCGGGUGACUGGGCGAGCAAAGUCGAGUUCCUUCAAGCCUCAUUUGGAGAGCUCCGAUUCGACCUCGAUGAAGCCAAAUACCAACAGUUGCUGGACUCUGUCGACACGAUCAUUCACAACGCUUGGAAAGUCGACUUCAACCACUCAGUCGAAUCAUUCGAGGACACUCACAUCAGCGGCGUACGUCGCUUUGUGAACUUUAGCUUGAACAGUCGGUUCAAUGCUCACAUCCACUUCGUUUCCUCCAUUAGCACCGUCGGCUCUUGGACUCCAGAGAUGGGAUCCGUUGUACCCGAACUUCCAAUGGAAGACUGCUCCGUGGUGCUCGCGCAGGGCUAUGGCGAGUCCAAGCAUGUCGCAGAGCGUAUCUGCCUGGAAGCCUCGCGACGCUCCCGCGUCCCUACCACCGUCUACCGCGUGGGCCAGAUUGCCGGUCCAACCACAUCUAGUGGAGAGUGGAACAGACACGAGUGGCUUCCAACCAUCAUCGCUACUUCCAAGGCCAUGGGAAAGAUCCCCAACCGACUGGGCUCCAUGCCUGUUGACUGGGUCCCAGUGGAUACCCUCUCAUCCAUAAUGACAGAAAUAGUCCACACUCGCCAUGGAGGCCGUUCCGAGUCGCCCGCAGCAGUGUUCCACCUCACCAACUCCGAAACAGCCUCGUGGUCAUCGCUCAUUCCAGCGAUUCAGGAUAGAUACCAAGUGGAGCCUGUUGACUUCAGUGCCUGGGUUGCAGAGCUUGAGAGCAUCCAGAACCCCAACAGCGAAAAUGUAGCCGAGAAACCAGCCUUGAAGCUGCUCAGCUUCUACCGCGGGCUGGUUGAUGCAAGCCAUGCCGCAAUGUCCGUGCCUCUGGACGUCAGCAAGGCAAAGCAGGCGAGUGCUACGAUGAGAUCCCUCGGCCCGAUCUCUGCGCCGUUGAUGUCGAAUUGGCUUCAGCAGUGGCAGUUCUAG